GCCAAGGAAGGGGCAUACAGCCCCUACUCCAAAUUCCCCGUAGGAGCUGCGUUAUUAACCAGGGAAGGCACAAUUGUCAAAGGCGCGAGCAUCGAUAAUGCCUCGUAUGGUGAAACGAUCUGCGCUGAACGAACAGCGAUCGUCAAAGCAGUGGUGAGUUACGACGGAGUACAAGAAUUCAUAGGACUUGCCGUGGUCGCAAAUAUCAAUUCUCCCAUACCACCCUGUGGUAUAUGUCGUCAAGUCAUCCGCGAGUUCUGCGCGCUCGACAUGCCCAUUCUCCUU